ACAUUCGGCAAAACGUCGACACGCGCGAUCGUUCUCACGGGUCCCGCGAUUCCCGGCCGAAAUUCCGAAUCUCUUCGCCGGCCCGCCACCGGGUGGAACUCUGGACGAGUGGAGAUGUCACGUAAGUGGUUCCACAGAGAAGACGACACGUUCAAGCCGCCAGACAUCCAAAGAUAGCGAGCCGAACUCGCGGGAGCCGCGUGUGUCAUCGAGCCUCGACGUCGAUCCCUCGAUCAGGGAUGAGGAUUCCCGGUUCAGAUCGCGGCGAAACGAGGGCAAAAUCAAGCAGAGUUUGAGCGAUCGGGUGCGAUCGUCGAGAACCAACGACAGACCGAAAUUCAAGUUCGCCUUCAGGGAUAAAAGAGGAUCGGCCGAGGACGGCGAGACUCUCGAUACGCCCGAUCCGAAAAAAUUGCAGAAAAGCGAUUCCUUCCUGAGGAGAUUCGUAAGGAGUUCGAAGGACAAUAUAACCGAGGGAUGCGAGAGGUUGGUUAGGAACAUUCAAAAGAGUCCUUCGGUUCUAAGGAAGAAGUUUCACUUGAGCGACGAGGAGAGACCCGUGCCACCAGUGCGAAGAAAAAGAUCCAAAGAAAUCAGCAAAGAUUCGUCGAAGGAUUCAGAGCCUGAAAAACCAUCGACCAUCCCUUCCGUGGUUUUAUCGAGCGACGAGCUUAUCGAAGGCGAUUUUAUAAUCGUGAACAAAGACAGCCAAGCGGAAGGGAGCAACCGCGAUCAUCCCUUGAACGAAUCUCCCAGUAGAAAUUCCCCGUCGCACGCCGUCGAAUACGGAGACUCGUCGACGAGCGUUUCGGUCGAGGACGUGGAGGACUUGAUCAGGGCAGAAGACAACCUGAGAUUGUUGGAGCAACGCGUGCUCAUCAGAAGGCGUUUAGAGAAAUCUACGAAACUGUAUCAAGCUUUACAACCGAAUCAGCGACGAUCCUGGAGCGAGGAGAGCCUAGUGCACGCUCUCGAGCAGAUUCACCAUAAGUUUCGCUCGAGGUUCCCAGCGGCUAGAGUGUCAGUGGACGCUGCGAUAGCCGACUGUUCGCCGAUCUCUCACCGACGGUUCGCCAGAUCGCGCGACAAGCGUGAUCCAAGGUCGCCGGAGCGGGACAAGGUAGAUUGGAAGUCGUGGAAAGCGAAGCGAUCGCCGCCGCCAGACGACUGGCAGGUUCAUAGGUCGGGGGGCUGCGAUAAGCAGCCCGGGUUAAACGAUAAGUCCGUCGCUGCGGCUAAGAAGGAAUCGAACACAGAAGACGCAGUGCACGCGCGGAUCGCGGCCACGUCGGCCGUAAAAUGCAGACUGGCGAAUUUCGCCGGGGACGGAGGGGACGAGGAGGUGACACGAGGGACCGCGGAACAGCGGAGUAAACAGCUAGUGGACGCAGCGAGAACCACGGCCGAGGAGAAUUCCGGUAGUAGUCAACCGCGGCGCGGCUCACGUGCCCGUUGGAUCGAGUCCGGCUCGGCAAACGAUGGGAUUGUAUCGACCGGUGACUCAGAACUCGUGACGACUCGCGUGUACCUCGGCGAGGAUGUUCUGAACGCCGAUCAUAUACCGAAGGAGAUCAUCGCCGGCGAUGAGACCCUGAGAGGUAAUUCCGUGAUUCCCAUAGAUCGCGUCUCGAGGAAAGAUCGGCGAUCGUUUGAUAAAACAAGGAGAGCGAAGUCGAUCAAGGGUUACCGGAGUUCGAACGAUUCGAAGAUGAAGUUCGUCAUCAGGAUGAUCAGGGCUCGUGACAAGCUGAUGCUUUGUCUGAGCGCGUUCGCGAUCCUGUUCACGGUGCUGUUGGUGUUGGACCUGCAAAUGGACCUCGGGUACAGCGGGCAUCAUCUGGUACCCAGCCACGGUCGCGUGCGAAUCGGCGACGACCCGAACACCGACACGAUCUAUAACACCUUCAGGAGGAAGUUCCUGCAGAGGGUGAACGCAAGUAAAGAACAGACUAGUGGUGACGCGAUCGGUACGACGACGCAGAACAGUGGGAAGAACAAUGUGGACGAGGCUAAAACCUCGUGGACCGAAAAGAACGCGGCGCACGACAGCUUCCCCGAGUUAGUGGAUAUCGUGGUGAAGGGUUACGGUGUCAGUGCUUCCGAAGGAGUGGCCAGGAUCAGCGGGGAGGAUCAUACGUACAAUCCUUCGCUGAGUGAUUUGAAGAAGAUCAAACCUCGUAGGAACUGUGUCACGAUUGCCGAGAAGUUCCAUCUGCAGAUAUCUAGGACAGAAUUGUAUCCAGAGGAUUCAAAGUAUGUGGACCAAUUGUUAUACGAAAUGUCGACGAAGCCCAUCUUGCACGUCGUUCAAAAGGAAGGUGGUACGCAGCUGAAACUCCAAUUGAACUAUUCAAACAUGCAGGCACUAUUCAAGCCCAUGAGGUUUCCACGGGAACAGCAGACGCUGCCAAAUCAUUUCUACUUCACCGAUUUUGAGAGGCACACAGCGGAGAUAGCAGCGUUCCAUUUGGACAGGCUGCUGGGAUUCCGCAGGGCGAUGCCAGUCACCGGUCGAACGUUGAACCUGACGACGGAGAUUUAUCAGAUCGCCGACGGCGAGCUGUUGAAGACAUUCUUCGUCAGCCCGGCUGGCAAUAUCUGCUUCCACGGCAAGUGCAGUUAUUACUGCGACACGGCGCACGCGAUCUGCGGAAAUCCGGACACCCUCGAAGGUAGCUUCGCCGCGUUCCUGCCGGACAAAUCGUUCGCCGCGAGGAAGGCGUGGCGGCACCCCUGGCGUAGGAGCUACCACAAGAGGAAAAAGGCCCAGUGGGAGCACGAUUCCGAUUAUUGCUCGCUGGUGAAGGAGAUUCCGCCGUAUCACGAGGGCCGCAGGCUGCUGGACUUGAUGGACAUGGCAGUCAUAGACUUCCUUAUGGGAAAUAUGGACAGGCAUCACUAUGAAACGUUUAAGAUCUUCGGUAACGAUACGUUUGCUUUGCACCUGGACCACGGCAGGGGAUUCGGCAGACCCUUUCACGACGAAAUAUCCAUCCUGGCGCCCAUCCUCCAGUGCUGCAUGAUUAGGCAGACCACUCUGAGUACCCUUCUAAAAUUUCACAACGGCCCAGUGCCAUUGAGCGCAGCACUGCGAAAAAGCAUGGCAGCGGACCCCGUGGCACCUGUUCUGUGGGAACCACACCUGAUAGCGUUGGACAGGCGGAUUCGCGUGAUCCUGCAAGCGAUCAGAGACUGUGUGAACCGCGAGGACUCGAGUCAAAUCGUCCACGAAAAGGACAACCGCGUAUCCUAGCCCCUCCGCAGUUCUCCAGCGAGUGAAAAGUUGAAAAGGACUAACAGAUAAUGAUGGACAUUUAUGUUUGGAUAUGUAGUUCAUUGUAAAAACAAGUGUAAAAAGCGAUGUACCGUAAAGAAGAGUCAGUGGCGAUUGAGAGUGAGUGAAGGUGUGUGAUGGAUGGAUACGAUUUCAGGUAGGCAUUUCGUUUUAGUUUUAAUGGUGAUACUAGAACUACCAAAGUAGUCGAUGACCGGUUCUUCGUUAUCGGAGCUUUAUUCUGUUCUAUACUGUUUUUAGAAUUUUCUAUGAACGAUAUUUUACUGUAAAAUCUAUGGCACAAAGCAAUGUACUUUUUAAGAUAACUUUCAAGCACUUUUCUUACUAGCUAUACGAUUUUUUAUUCGAUUUAUACAUAGAAAUGUUAUACUUAUUCAUACAUAGGUAGUUCUAGUAUUAUGAUCGAUUUUCGUUUCCUUCUUAAUAUCGUUAAUGUCAAUUCAUUGCUGAAUGCCAAACUUCGCAUAAUAUACGCCAGUGCAAUAUUGCUUCUUUUAUUUGUAUUCCGAGGCGUGUACAUAAUAAAGGGACUGUACAUAGUUGUAUCGUAAGCGAACAGGGGGUUCUAAAAUCAAAAAACAUGUGGAAUGCUUUCUGUGUACAUAAAAAAAUAUCGCUUUCCAAGGGCCGGAAUUUCGUCGGCACAGCGUUUUUCAUCGUCACCGGAACGAAUCCUUUUUGUUUAAACAACCUAGUUCCUGAAACUAGAUUGGACACAUGGAUGGAUAAUGAAGUAUCGCGUGAAGCUUUUUGAACGUCAAGUUUCUAUCCCUUGUGGGCGAAUUAUGUUUGGAAAGAAGGGUACAAUACUGUGUUUAAAUAACUAUGUAGAAAUUGUUAUUUGAUUUGAGAUUUUUUAAAACUAUUUUAUUUGUAUAAUUAUAUAAAAAUUGUUAUUUGAUUUGAGAUAUUUCUAAAACUAUUUUAUUUGUACAGUUGUAUAUUUUAUCGCACGAAUGUUGAUGAAUAAUUUGCACGGUUUUAUUCAUUGCGAAAUUGUUCCAAGGUGAAGAGCGAACUCGCGAUUUUCCGAGCCACAGUUCCUCGCGAUAGAAUUUGGUCAGCGACAGAUUUUUUUACGAGAAGCGAGAAGAAAUAAGUGUGCGUGUGGAAGGAGGCAUAUUUUGUAAAUUAUGCUUUUCGUACGCAUGUACUUCUGCGAAAGUUUCCAGGAUGCACACCUGUACACUUGUAAGUGUCUUCUUUUUUGGAGAAAAAUGAAAAACUCUGUCGACGAAAACGAUAAGUUAACUCGAACCCUAAAAAAGAUCCAAAUCCCACUUCACUCAGCAUGAAGUAGAUUGCUUCAUUUUUCUAAGAAAUUAAUAUUUCUGUUCUGUUUUUCAAUUAAAAUUCGCAGAGUUUGGUCAUAA